GUCCAGCUGACUGGCAGUAGGCUACUUGUUUACUGGGGGAGAGACAGAGAGAGACGAGAGGGGGAACCUGAGAGAGAGGAACCACUGACGGGUCGAGUGAAGUUUUUUCCUCUUCUUUUCGGCUAUCCUCACGCCAAUCAUUUUGUUUACUUAGCCAUCCUGAGUCCUGCAGACAAGACAUUUACGUGUGUUAAUUGUCAAACCCGAAGCCUCGUUUGUUUCAGAUUAGCUAGGGCUAUUUGCUGAUCCGAGGAAUCGGGGGUUACAGCGUGGAGUUUCAACACUUGGAAGCAUUGUGCUGGAAGCUGCCGCUCCUCCGUGGAGGCUACCCUUUUUCGAGGGGUGCAGUUUGCCUAGCCAAGGCUAAAUGACGUUUUGAUAUUUGUGUUUUCGUCUGUCACGCCUGAACACACGGCUAUUUGCGGAUUUGUAUGACCGUCGAUUCAUACAGAGGGGAAACUCUUCGCGGUUUUCCUGUACGCCUGCUCCAAAGGGGAUCUUGGAAUGUAUUCUUUUUCCCAUUCGCACUUCUUCAAGGGCGAACUUCUGGUGAUAGAACGGAGAGGGAGAAGACUUGGCAUUGCAUGAAACACAGCGACCUGUGGAUUAAAGCCAGCUCGACAAACCCUUCUGAGUCUUGGGUCAAUAUCUGUGUCCAGCAGGACAGUCUUGAUGUGGAAGCAGGACAUGCUAUGUGGUUGAUCAAUUAGGUCGACACGUUGCAUCAUUGGACGAGAAGACAGAUAGUAAUUUAUAACUGUCGAACUUUAUUUCAACUGGAAUUUUCUAACUGGCACCUCAUCACCCGUGUUAUGAGCAGCUCCCAUAUAGUACCCCUUCGGGUACCUCCUUACUAGCGGUGUGGGAUUUCUUUUCGAAACGAGGGACUUUAGAAACUUAAGCCGAUGUGGAAUAUGCCCAAUGAUUAUUUACAAUGAAGAUUUUCGUUUGCAUAUUUUUGGUCAGAACCCAAGAUCACGUCAUUUAAUGUUCAAUUCAUUUUGGGGGCGCAGAACAAAGUUGGCCAACUAGACGUUUUUGAUUUACAUUCAAUCACGUUGGACCCCUGGUCCUUCGGAGGACUGUAAAGUUUUGAACAUAUUUUACCUGAUUGAUCAUUUUCCCCCCACUUUUUUAUUACAUUAGGCUCACUAAUAGCCUACCUUGCACGGAUUUUAAGAUCAGAAAAAAACUAUUUACUGCCACAAUGCGUCUGGGAAUGUCAGCGGUCAUUUUGGUUACUUUUGUCUACGUUUUGAGUCACUGUGGGUCAAUACAUGGAGAGAUCUGCCCCAGCAUUGAUAUCCGGAACAAUGCCGCCAACCUGACCCUGCUAGAGAACUGCACGGUGAUCGAAGGCCACCUGAAGAUCCUGCUGAUGUUCAAGACCAAGGCGGAGGACUUCCGUGGCCUGAGCUUCCCCCAGCUGACGGUCAUCACCGACUACCUGCUCGUCUUCCGUGUCUAUGGCCUGGAGACCUUGAGUGACCUCUUCCCCAACCUGACGGUCAUCCGCGGCAACAACCUGUUCUUCAACUACGCGCUGGUCAUGUUCGAGAUGCUCCAGCUGAAGGAGAUCGGCCUGUACAGUCUGAUGAACAUCACCCGCGGCGCCGUGCGUCUCGAGAAGAACCCGGACCUGUGCUACCUGUCCACGCUCGACUGGUCCAAGGUGCUGGACUCGAUGGAGGACAACUACAUCGUGGCCAACAAGGACGCCCGCGAGUGUGGUGAUGUGUGCCCCGGCACUGUCACCGGAAAAAACCUCUGCCAGCAGACGACGCUCAAUUGGCACUUCGGCGACCGCUGCUGGAACCAGGACCACUGCCAGAGAAUGUGUCCCCCGGCAUGCAAGAACCACGCCUGCACGCUCAGCAACCAGUGCUGCCACGACCAGUGCCUGGGCGGCUGCUCGGAGCCGGGCAACGCCAGCGCCUGCAUCGCCUGCCGGCACCUGAUGCACGAGGGCACCUGCGUGGAGCGCUGCCCGCCGGGCCACUACACCUUCAAGGACUGGCGCUGCGUCUCCUUCCGCUACUGCCAGGAGCUGCACAACGAGUGCAAGCAGCUGAAGGAGAAAGAGAAGGAGAAGGAGCAGGACUGUCACGAGUACGUCAUCCACAACGGCGCCUGCGUCCCCGACUGUCCCUCCGGAUACACCACCAUGAACUCCGCUGCGCUGACCUGUACGCCCUGUUCCGGACUGUGCCCCAAGCUGUGCGUCGGAGACAAGGUCGUGGACUCGGUCAUGGCCGCUCAGGAGCUCCGUGGCUGCACCGUGCUCAACGGCAGCCUGACCAUCAAGAUCCGCGGUGGCACCAACAUUGCGGCUGAACUGGAGGCCAGUCUCGGUCAGCUGGAGGAGAUCAUUGGCUUCCUGACGGUGCGUCGUGCCUACGCCCUCAUCUCGCUGUCCUUCCUCCGAAAGCUCCGGCUGAUCCGCGGCGAGGCACUAGAGGCUGGGAACUUCUCCUUCUUUGCCUUGGACAACCAGAACCUGCACCAGCUGUGGGACUGGUCCAAGCACAACCUGACCAUCCUGCACGGCCCCAUGUUCUUCCACUACAACUCCAAGCUGUGCAUGGCCGAGAUCCGCAAGAUGGAGGAGGUGACGGGCACCAAAGAGCGCAAAAACCACAUCACCAGCCGCACCAACGGCGACCAGGCCUCGUGUCAGAACGAGGUCCUCAAGUUCACCCAGAUCCGCGCUAACCAUGACAAGAUCAUGAUCAAGUGGGAGGCCUUCUGGCCGACGGACUUCAGGGACUUACUGGGGUUCAUGGUCCUGUACAAGGAGGCGCCGUACAGGAACGUGACCGAGUUUGACGGGCAGGACGCGUGCGGCUCCAACAGCUGGGUGAUCGCCGACGUGGAGCCGCCGCAACGCUCCUCGGCCCCCGGCGAGCCGGGCCACCUCCUCUUCCCGCUCAAGCCCUGGACGCAGUACGCCAUCAUGGUCAAGACGCAGCUGUCGGCCUCCGACGACCACAAGGUGCGCGGCGCCAAGAGCCCCAUCAUCUACGUGCGCACCGACGCCACCCGUCCGUCGGUGCCUCUGGACCCCAUCUCCUCCUCCAACUCCUCGUCUCAGAUCAUCCUGAAGUGGAAGCCCCCCACGGAGCCCAACGGCAACGUCACCCACUACCUGGUGUUCUGCCAGAAGCAGAAGGAGGACGAGGAGCUCUACAGGCUAGACUACUGUCUGAAAGGCAUGAAGCUGCCAUCCCGCACCCCGACACAGAUGGACAGCGAGGAGGAGCAGAAGUGGAACCAGACGGAGGAGCACGGCCAGACGGGCCGCUGCUGUGCCUGCCCCAAGACCGAGACCCAGCUCAAGAAGGAGGCCGAGGAGUCCGAGUACCGCAAGACCUUUGAGAACUAUCUCCACAACGUGGUGUUCGAGAUCAGAGCGACUCCUGCGCCGAUGAGCCCCACGGCAGGGCCCUCCAGACGCCGCCGUUCUGUGGGCGUGGCCAACGCCACCUUCCCCAGCUUCCCCAGCUUCCUCACCACACCCACCAGCCUGCUCCCGCCCAAGAACGCGUCGAACCCGGGCGACCCGGAGGACAAGGAGCCCGGUCAGCGCCUGGUGCUCACCGUCUCGGCCAAGGAGGCGGCCGUCAUCUCUGACCUGCAGCACUUCACCAGCUACCAGAUCGAGAUCCACGCCUGCAACCACCCCACCGACCGCAAGCGCUGCAGCAUGGCCACCUUCGUCAACGCCCGCACCAUGCCAGAACCGAAAGCUGACGACAUUACUGGUCCGGUGACCCCUGAGAUCGUCCCAGAAGAACCCGAGUCUGUGUACAUCCGAUGGGAUGAGCCCAAAGCACCCAAUGGUGUCAUCAUCCUCUACGAAGUCAACUACAAGAGGAUCUCUGACAACGAUGAGCUGCACCACUGUGUGUCACGGCCCAGCUAUGACAAGGUGAAAGGCUGUAAGCUGCGCGUGGGCCACCCAGGAAACUACAGCGUGCGCAUCCGCGCCACCUCUCUGGCCGGCAAUGGCUCCUGGACAGACUACACCUACUUCUUCGUGCCAGACAGAGAGUUGAGCAUGAAGGCCAUCAUCGCUCCGGUCCUCUGCUUCAUCGCUCUGCUGUUUAUCGGAGGGACGGCGUUUUUCGUCUUCAAGAAGAAGCAAAUUGAAGGCCCAACCGGCCCGCUCAUCGCCUCCUCCAACCCAGAGUACAUCAGCGCCAGCGAUGUCUAUGUUCCGGAUGACUGGGAGGUUCCGAGGGAGAAGAUCCUGGUUAUGCGGGAGCUGGGGCAGGGUUCCUUCGGCAUGGUCUAUGAAGGCAUCGCCAAGGACAUUGUCAAGGGAGAACCGGAUACCCGUGUGGCCGUGAAGACGGUCAACGAGUCGGCCAGCCUGCGCGAGAGGAUCGAGUUCCUCAAUGAGGCCUCAGUGAUGAAGGCCUUCACCUGCCACCAUGUGGUUCGCUUGCUGGGGGUGGUAUCCAAGGGUCAGCCAACGCUGGUUGUCAUGGAGCUGAUGACUCACGGCGACCUGAAGAGCUACCUGCGCUCCCUGAGGCCAGAUGCUGAGAACAAUCCAGGACGCCCCCCACCUACCCUGAAGGAGGUGAUUCAGUUGGCGGCUGAGAUUGCUGACGGUAUGGCCUACCUCAACGCCAAGAAGUUUGUUCACAGAGACCUGGCAGCCAGGAACUGCAUGGUGGCUGAGGACUACACAGUGAAAAUUGGAGACUUUGGCAUGACGAGAGACAUCUAUGAGACCGAUUAUUACCGGAAAGGGGGCAAGGGUCUGCUGCCAGUCAGGUGGAUGGCCCCCGAGUCCCUGAAAGACGGCGUCUUCACCGCUCGAUCAGACUGCUGGUCUUUUGGGGUGGUGUUGUGGGAGGUUAGCACGUUAGCUGAGCAGCCCUACCAAGGGCUCUCCAAUGAGCAGGUGCUGAAGUUCGUCAUGGAGGGCGGAUACCUGGACCGACCAGACAACUGCCCAGAGAGAAUACAUAGCAUGAUGCAGAUGUGCUGGCAGUACAACCCGCAGAUGCGGCCCGCCUUCCAAGAGAUCAUCGAGAUGAUCAAGGAAGAGCUGCACCCCUCCUACCAGGAGGUCUCCUUCUUCUACAGCGAAGACAACAAGCAGCCGGAGACCGAGGAGUUCGACAUGGACUUGGAGAACAUGGAGAGCAUCCCGCUGGACCCGUGUUCCUACUCGCAGCGCGAGGACGUCCUGAGCAGAGACAAUGGGCCCGGGGUGGGCCUGCGGGGCAGCUACGACGAGCACGUGCCCUACACGCACAUGAACGGGGGCAAGAAAAACGGACGAAUCCUCUCGUUACCCAGAUCCAGCCCAUCCUAACAUAUUCUGAUUGACUAUUUUGUCUAGUUCGCUCGCUCUCUCUCUCUCUUUCUCUUCUCUCCCUUUUCUUCUUUUUCCGUCUUCUCACCUGUCCCCUGUUUUUCUAAUAAUAAUUAUUUUUUAUGAUUUAUGAUAUUUUAUGCAGAUGCCCUUCAAAACAAAUACACAGAUCUCAGGACUUUUUUUUUUUGUUCUUUUUCUUCAUUCAUCGCUACCACAUGCAUGAUGGCAAGGAUGCAAAACCUUUAACUAAGAACCAUUCAUGCGGAUCAUCUACAACUUUCCUCAGCUUUUGAUUGUUUUUGUCUCACUCUUUUGCCAAGUUUCCAAGACUGGUCAGUGGGGGAAAAAAACAAGGACAGACAAAACAAAGCGAACUGUGAACACAGACACUAGACAAACCAGAUGACUGCCUCUUGUUUCACCUCCUCAGACUUUCCCAUCUCUCCUCGGAGCAUUUUCUCGAUCACUUUCUUUAUUGGAAUCUUUUUCAUAUGGUGGCCUUUUUUAAUAUGUGGCCUAUAAGCAAAGAGAAGUGUCUAUCAGUGCUUGUAUUCAUUUCCUUUGAACAAUUGAUUGAAGAGUUUGGAAUUUGUGGGAUGGCAUAGACUCUUAGAACAAACAUCCUAUUCGUAGAGGAAGCUUUUUUCCUGCAGAGUUCCAAACCUCACGCAGAUACAUGCGGUGUUUGUUGGUGAAAAAAAUAAUUAAUUUAUUUGCUUUACUUUUGUUUCUCCUUUCAGUUUCGUUUCUGUGUCCUUGCAUUAUGGCUGAAGGAUAUUUAAACAGUUAAGAAUUUGACAAAAUAGUCCAUCAAACUGACCAAUAGCUGCUGCUUUGAUAUAUCAUAUAGUGGGUAUAGUGUAAACAUUUAAUAUAUGUGAUAUAUAAGAUAUUGACACAUCAGUAUUUUAUAUAUCUAGAUACAUAAUGUUGAUUUUUAUUUUCUAAAUUGUUAUUUUUUUUUGUAAUACUUUCAUCAGAAGCUUUGCUCUUAAGAUUUAUUUUCAAUCAGCUGUUGAUUAUUUAAUGAAAAUGACUCUAACCCCUGGCAAAAAGUCAUACUAAUCACCUUCAGUGCUCUAAGCUGCCCAAUAGGGUUGUUUUGGCUAUUAGAGAGGCACAGGAGAAGUUAAGCGUUCAGACUCGAAAGGAUAGUCCUUUCCUAGGCCACAUGCAACAAACUCUCAUAGUAACAAUUUGGCUUGUUGCUGUACCUGGUUUGCCGAUGGUGUUGAGGUCCAUAUUGCCAGAGAAUCACCCAUUAUCUUUUAAAGUACAUUUGAUGUCAGAAAUGUUUCUUGUUUUAGUCAAUGUUUGUCCAUGUUAUGUUUUGUGUAAUUCCUAGAUUAUGAAAAACAUCUGAGAUUGAUGAGCUGUUGGGUUUGAUCACCAGUGAAGGAGAAAUGAUUUGCUUUGAGAGCUUGUUUGAACUGGAUGACUUGAGAGCUUUGUCUGGACUUUUUUUCUGAUAAUGUGAAGUAUGCACACAUCUGCUUACCAUCUUAUCAUUGAUGACCCCCUAACCCUGAAAGUACCAACAGCGUCUCGGAGAGCUUUGGGUUCUCGGGUUGCCUCCUUGGAGUUUUCUUUGAUUGUGAGCAUUUGUCUGUAGUGAGAACCAUAUCAUAUCCACCCACUAGAUGAGAAAGAGAUGACCCUAAUACUUCUCUCUGCAGCAAAGAGGCCACCACCUUCUAGAAUCUUCCAUGCUCUUGGUAUGGAGGUUUGUGUGGUUGCAAAAGCUCUAGAUAUCCUGUCAAGCUCUACAUUGAGCAGUGGGCUCUUCAUGAUGGCUUGAUUGCAUAGGUAUGUGGGAUGUGUUUGGGUGUUGCAGUGACACAGGGCUGGAGGCCACGGUAUGUAGUUCAGAAUUCCUCGUAGUAACUGAGCUUGCUCUCCUUGAGGUCUGAAAUUCCGUGGUUGUAGUGUUUUGCCCAAUGUCACUGCCUCUUUUUUUUUCCCCUUGAGAAAAUAUGGGGUGAAUACCAAAUACUCUCAAGUCUCGGUUCUAGUAGGUUCUCGAUUCUGGUUCUAGGUUCUAACCUCUAGUAGGUCCUAGAUUCUGAGGGUCCUCAGCUUCAGGGGGUUGAUCGAGCUCCACUCUGACAUCGAUCUGACAUAUGAGGUCACGUCACGUCACAUGUUUGAAGAUGCCAGAUUAAUGAGUUCUGCUCUGUGUUUCUGUCAGUGAGAGUUCAGACGGUGUAAAUGCUCGUGUCACAUGGUAAUUCCUGAGAUCGGGGCUCAAUGAAAGAGGCAUUCUGUGAUGCCUUCCACUGUCCAGUUCAUUCCCAAAGUUCACAGGCGUCCCCAACACUUUGUCAUUGUAGUUUAUUGUUUUAGCUGUGCAGUAGCCAUGAAAACGUUCCCGCUUUUAAUCUGGCAGAUUGUUCCAACUGGAGCUAAACACACUCACCCAUCAGGCAGCCAGGGGUCACACCUCGAGCAGCAUCUAUGUGGAGAGGCCCAGAGCUGGCACACUGAUCCUCAGCGCUGGUCAUGUCCUCCUUGACCACAGUUGCUUACGUCCAGCAUGGGCCGCCCAAGCGACAGCCAAGGCUUCAGAGUCAGGAAGAAAUAAACAUCUCCCAUAUGAAUUGGAAUAGCAGUAGCCACUACAGUCUAUAGUCUUUAGGUGAUUCGCUUGUAUAUCAAACAUUUGACAAUUUGCCCUCCAGGUGGGUUUUUUCUCUAGACAGAACAUGCCUCGGCCUCCAAGUUGUGCCUUCUGCUAAAGCCCAAGGCAGUGGCGACAAGACGGGCGGGGGGUGGAUACCCAAGCGUAACUUGGUUCAUAUUUAUCCACAUCUGUGUACACUCUGCUUGGUGUACAUAUGUGUUUGUGAGUGUAUAUAUUUAUGUAUUGGCGUAGGGCGUGGUUGGCGAGAAGUCGGGAGUCGGUGUCCAGUCUGCUUCUGGAGCCAUAGUGGAGUGAGGUGACUGAACGGGACUUGCUGCUGUUAAACCAGCACACUCACUUUUUUUCUUUUCAAGAUGUAAAUGUUAUUACCGGACUACAGUGCUUUAUAAAAUCGUCAUCAUCCACAUCAUUUUUUUUUUUUUUUUCAUUAGCUAUUUUCCAGGUUUGUAAAUAAUAAAUAAGAUGUUUUAAGUUAAAGGAAAAAAGCUAAACAAUUACACCCACACAAUUCCACACACUACCAUGACAGUUGCAUCUGUAAGUUUAGUUUGUCAUGGUUAUCAACUUAAGCGUACGUGCAAAUUUCUAAUUCAGAAGAUUAGCAUAUCUUUGAAAAGGCAGAUGAUAUUUUAUUUAUUUUAUUAUAAUCAUUGUAUAAAACCCAGCUAGCUUUUUAUUACAAGUUUUAAGAAUUAUUCAGUGUCGGGUAAAAUUGUGUUUUCUCGCUUGUUUAGUUUUUUCCCAUUGUUUGAAAAGAGAGUUACAGCUACAGAGGGAGGGAGAGUGAGUUUGGUGUUGUGGUAAAUUCUUUGUUUGUUUGUUUGUUUGUUUUGAUUGGACGCAGUCUACCUCAGUAUGUAUGAAAUUUAGUCAAGCCUUGCUUCUCUCUCUCUCUCUCUCUCUCUCUCUCUCUCUCUCUCUCUCUCUCUUCCUCUUCCUCCCCAUCUUACAGUGUUCUAACGUGGGCUUUUUUGGACAGAUCUCAGACCUGUGACUGUUCACCUGUACUAAUCAUCCUAAAGAGGGCUUAUCACUGACGAUAUGAGAAACAGACAAAUUCAAAGAUGAUAAUGCGUCUCUCGAAGAGAUCUGCAAUCUAAUCUUAAAUUGGCUCUCCCUCUUUUAAUUAUUUUUGUAUUAGUAUGUAUUCCAAAGUUUGGUGGGGGAGUUUUCCAAAAGGCAACAUUUACUAAUUGAUGACUAUCCAGUCCUGCGCAUCAAAAAGUAUUAGAAAGCACAAUAUAAAAGCGUUUUAUUGUCAGGAUAUUCUUAUUAGUCUAACUGUGCCAUGGAUUGCUAUAAUACUGUACACCAGCACUUAUUUUAAACGUGGCGGUCCAGAGUGUUGCAUUUUGGACCAGUUCAUCCUAAUUAGCUGGCACUUAUUGCAACUACACCAAGCUGUAGACUCCAAAUCGCCCAACCGUGACCGUUUAUUUAUGAAAUUUGCUCAAAUAGUUCUGUGUGUGCGGCACGUAAUGUAACGUUGUGGUUAGAUUACCAUAGGGGGAGAUGUAUGUGUGUGGUCAAUGCUGUGUCGACUAAGCUUCCAAUUUUAGUGAAUACUGACCACCAUAAUGGUUCUCGACCAACCAAACUUUCCCUGCUCCUCUAAUGGUGAUCAGAAAUGGCAGGUUGUGCAUGGACACAGACAUCAUAUUCUAGUACCAAAUAAAGCCUUGUGCUGUGGGAGAUGGGAAUGUGUGGCAUAGUUCUGUCCUACAGUGCUUGACAGUAAGAGGGCUGAUCUGGUGAAUACAUAUCCUUCACUUAGCGAGAAAGAGAAAUUCAAUUUGGACCCAAUGCCUUCUGGUUUAUGCUACGAAUGUGAUUCUUGUUAGUUUUAUGUUUGUGUUCUUUUUUUUUCUUUUUGUCAUUUAUUUUGACUUCUUGUUAAUGUACUUUUUCUACUGUGAAUUAUCAAGAACCAUCUUACUACAAUGCCAUAGUCUGGGAUGUUUGGGGACAUGACAAACAACAUGCCUCCAUUUUUUCUGAUUGGAUUAUCUUUAGAAAGAGGUCUUUUGGGACAAUCCCACGUGCCAUAAAAUGUCAAACUCUGAAGUGAAAACCUGGCUUAGGGUCAGCAGUACUCAGGGAGGUCUGAUUCUUUAGGUUUAGAAGGGAUGAGACGAUACUCUGACUGAAGUACCUGUUUGGAAAGGAUUGGCAAAAUAGCCAAUCCCUGCCCCUAUCAGGGGUAAUCAAGGUAGUGCUGAACCCUUUUGCAAAUGUUUUGGGAGAAAGUAAAAAAAAAAAUUUUAAAAAAAUCUCCCCUGGUUUCUCAUGAACACUGACUGAAUGUUUACUCCCCUCUGGUGGACAAGAGUAGAAGUGCAACAGUGGAAAAGCAGAGUGAAGCCAGAGUCCCCCACCCAUAGUGCCUUGUGCAGAUUCCUCAAGCGUCCUCCCAACCAAACCCACUCAACUCAAACUGAUUGUCUCCAAAGUCGCUCAUGGACUGGAGUUUUAACCACACCACUUUGUGCAUCUUCAAAAGUGCAUUUUUCAAAGACAAGCUGAGAGAUUUCAUAACACGAUAGCUGUAGAUAACAUGCAAACACGAAACACACACAAAAAGUAUCACAUCUUUCUGCUUGGCUCCAUAUUACUGUAUUGGUGUCUGUGAAUGAUGUUCUUUUUUUUCAAGCAGGAAACUUGUCUCUACUUGGCUAGGCUCCGGCUUGCUUUGUGCUUUGAUCCCCCAAGCAGGCAACUUGGCCGUAUAUAAUUGAACAUCGAUUGCAUGGCACUUUGGUAAUUGUACAUUUGUCCCCAAUGCACACACUGCAGAAGGCUUAAACGGGUGUUUAAUGAAAGCAAGGUGAUUCUUGUAAUCUGUCUUUUUACAAAUGAAACAACCUCAUACUGUACUUUGCAACAGUAAUCGCCCCCUAACAAAAGCACUUCAUUUUGGCAAAUUUUAUUUAGUCUAAAAAAAAAAAGUUUAACUCUAAAGUGGUUUAGCAGAGCAAGCUAGCAAUGCAGCACAGUUUGAGAACAAGGUAUUGUAUGUAUUUUAUUUGUUUUAAAGAAAAAAGUAUUACAUCUAGAGAAUAAUUUCUAUUUUUUUUUAGCCAAAAUAGGGAGGGCAAAUACAAUUACCUUUUUUCUGACUGUAAACUUUUACUAUUCUUGUACAUGAUGGAAUUAACAUUGUUAUCAGUGUAUAUAACUUUUUUUAAUAAAAUGAAAUGUUUGAUGGCUAUCACUCAUGAUACUACCCCACUAUCUGAUCAAGGGUUCAGUUCACUUUCUGGUGAGAUGCAGCACAGGUCAAUGAUGAUGGAGGUGAUGAUGAUGAUGAUGAUGAUGAUGACGGGGCUUGCAACCUCCUCCUUUUAGGUUUGUUAAUGUCAGAACUUGCGUUGUCCUCCCCCAGCAGUCUAGCCAUGUCCCCAUCCACGCUCUCAGUAUCUCAUAUCACUCGAGUGACCCACUGGGGUGCAGAAUGAAAUUCUAUUUGACCUUAGACCAAAGUGAUGUGUCCCCUUUUUUUAGAUUUGCUUUCCAAGACUGAAAAAAAAAACUGGAAAAGAAAGACCACUGCACAUUCCUUCUGGAAAUGACUACACGAGAGUAAUAAGCUACGGGGUAACAAACCACGUUUCUAUCUAUAUCUUUAUAAAUGUCCCCAAACUAUGAGGACCUGAAGCUGAUCACCCUCUGUGAUGGCUGAAGCACAUGGCACAGCAUGAAGGAGAUGUGGAUCACCAUGUGUGUGACUUGCGGGACACCAAUUGUGUGUGUGUGUGUGUGUGUGUGUGUGUGUGUGUGUGUGUGUGUGUGUUUUGUCACCGGUCAAACACACCACUGAAACUGAUCUUGCCCAAGUGUUUUUUUUUCCCCCACACCAACAUGUAGGCCAGAUAUUAUGAAAUGCCUUUUUUGCCGAACCUGUCCCGUGUGUUUUAUUUUGCUUUGUUUUGUUUUUUAAUUGUGUAGUCAAUGUUUAAAGUUUGACGUGUGUUGGAUGGCAGGUGGUUGAAGAGUUAUUUUUUUAUGUUGAAGAGCUGAAGUGAAGUGAAGUGAGCCCAUAGUCAUGCCCAGUUUUCUAAGUGGCCUGCUCCUACUCAUCACAUACUCACAGCUCUCCAGGUCAAACGCAUUUUUUAAAAGAGAGAAAAAAAAACAGGAUUUCUAUCCUUCCAAACUUUGUGUUCUUCGAAUUGCUGCUGCUCUUCUCUCUGUGCGCAUACAGUUUUGCUGAAAAUACUGUGUGUCGUCUUGGUAAAAUACCUCUCUCUGUUUUUGUCUCACAUAUUGUGUAAGUGAUACAGAUGUAUGAUCAAUACAUUGUGUAUGCAUUGUUUGUUACCAUGGAUUCAUAUACAGCAACGGGUGUUGUGGACGAGUUCAUGGGUAACCAGCUGACGGCUACAAAGAUGCAUCGUCACACUGGAUCCAAAUGUGCCACUCUAUUUCAGAUAUGAAAUACACGUCUGUGCAUAUAUGUUGACACACACAAACACACACACUCUGUAUGUUUUUAUAGACAGAUGCACAUUCUCUCUCUCACAGACACACACACACACACACAAACAAACACACACAGACAGUCAUUAUCUCACACAGAACACGCAUACGGAAUCAAAACGUGCCAUGAUUAGAUAAUGCUUGACAAUUUAUUUUUUCUAUGUUUUCAACAAGAGCCAAGCAGUGACAUGUACAGACGAUGUUGGAAUGGUAUGAAAUUAAAUCUUGCUGUGUGUAAAUUAUUCAACAAUUAACUGUUUAUAUUAAAAUUAUGAAUAAAAUUAUUGAAGAGUA